UAUACAGUCACGUGACCGCGUGCAGUCGUUCAAGAUGGAGACCGUACGAUGUGGUUGCUUCGCUGUUAGCUAGCUAACUGUUUACAAUGUUGACAAUAUGGCAAAUUUGAGGGACAGCAGGGACUUUUAGAGUUAAAUGUGAGAGUCAUUACAUAAAAGGAGACGUUCAUUUUACAAGUUUUGAUCACGAUGAAGCUAAGCUCUUUGUAAAGACAGGCCAGCUGAAGAAAAUUCAAGUUAAGUGGCAAGCACAGGAGAAAAUUGUCAAUGAUCUACAUCUCAAACUUCGGUUGAGACAUCGAUAUGUCGUUGAGAGAGCUAAAAGUCUGUCUCCUGGGGGAUACUGGAGUUGGAAAGUCCAGUAUUGUUUGGAGGUUUGUGGAGGACAGUUUUGACCCAAACAUCAACCCAACAAUUGGGGCAUCCUUCAUGACCAAGACGGUCCAAUACCAAAACGAGUUGCACAAGUUCCUGAUCUGGGACACGGCGGGACAGGAGCGGUUUCGUGCUCUGGCCCCGAUGUACUACAGAGGCUCAGCUGCGGCCAUUAUCGUUUAUGACAUCACAAAAGAGGACUCCUUCCAAACAUUGAAAAACUGGGUGAAAGAGCUUCGUCAGCACGGACCCCCUAAUAUAGUGGUUGCUAUCGCUGGGAACAAAUGUGACCUGACAGAUGCCAGGGAGGUUCCAGAAAAGGAUGCCAAGGACUAUGCUGACUCCAUUCAUGCCAUCUUUGUGGAAACAAGCGCCAAGAAUGCCAUAAACAUCAACGAGGUGUUUAUAGAGAUAAGUAAGCGCAUCCCUGUUGUUGAAGCCACAGGUGCCUCCUCAGGAAAAGGUUUCAAAUUGGGACGACAGGCCUCUGAGUCUCGCAGGACGUGCUGCUGAUGACGGCGGCUGUCCCCGGCGCGACCUGUGACCUGGCCUUUUCCUUACCUGCCGACCCUCUGCACUUCAAACACCCCACCACGUUGGUCGCCGACGCCACGGUGAAGCAGCGCCGCUCUGACAGCGGCAACUAACACGUUUUCACGAUGCUCUCCAACAGCAAGUCAUCGUCUUUGAAUGGCUGGCAGGAGAAUUACGCGUUUGCACUGAUACAUUCGAGUAUCAGUAAAAGACUCCCUUUUUUCUGCAUGUCAUUGCCAGUCAUUUAUAUUUUACAUUUGUACAACCCGUUGUCCUAAAAAAAAAAAAAAAGGGAAAGCAAUGAAGUGAUUUAGUCACAUCUUUUAGUAGGUCAUAAGUUAUUGGGAAAUAUCUCCCAAAACAUUUUCAAUUUCAUGAAGAGACCAUCUUUAGUGUAUGGGCGUACUUACUAAUUUAUAAAAAAAAAUGCUUUGACAAGAGAAAAAUGUUAUCAGUGAUGCAAGAAGGGUUGUGAAUACUAACGUUAAGUCUUUUUCUUUUCAAAGCCUGACACCACAGAGCUUUUUGGAUCUCACAGUGAAGGAAACAGAAUUUAAAGCUGUGUGGGAGCUUACUUCCACUACUCUGAGGGAACGGUUAAGCAUUUUUGGGAAUUUCAUUCCACUGCUGUAUUUGUAUGAAGCUGGAGCCAGGAGACAGUCACUUCAGUUUCUGCGAGGACAGCGUCGGGCUAAGAUUCUUAAGCCAACUCGCUCCUCUCAUCUGACUGUGCCAGAUACUUACAGCACAUUUCUCAAAUUUCCUUUAAUUAGGACCUUUGUUAUUCUUCUCUCGUUGUCUUAAAGUGGAUAUUUUGAUUGCCACUUAUUCUUGAGAAUGAUAAGCAAUUAUCAUCAAGUUAAUCCUCUGUGAUCAGAAGGACCUCACAGUCAACAUUUUCCAACUUAAUUAUUGUGUGAUAACACUUCCAGCCCCUUCCAUCUGUUCCACAUUUCCUCUCACAAUCAUUGAGGAACUCCAGUGCAUAAUGUGCCCUCUGCUGCACGUGGUACCGUGGUUGGGAGGGUCCUCCCAGUGUUACCAUCUCGCCAGUUUGUUGCUGCUACUUCACAUCAGUAAAACAAGGGGAGGCUGUUUUUUGUGAGGUCUAGCCAAAUUCCUAAUUUUCUCCUAAACAUUUUUCAUCCUUCCUUUUUUUUUCUCAUAAUCAGCACCAGCUCUCACGUCUACAGUAGUGUUGUUUUACUACUUGGCCUGCAAUGAAAACAGAGAGAUCUGAGCCGAGGCCUCAUUCGGCGAAAGGCUCGUAUUUUAGAGCUCAAAUCUCACGUUCGCAGAAAUUUAUAGGUGGAGAAUCAGGCGUGGCGCUGGGUCGACAUGCUGACCCCUCGUUGAACCUAUGUCCCAAUUCUGCUCUGAGUUAAUGAAGCUGCUUUGGUCCAGAUUUAGCUUUUGGAUUUUUAUUGUCUUAUUUCUGUUCACAUUUGGUGCCUCAUUCCUCUGAACAUGCAGGUUCUCCAUGCCCUCCUUUAAUUGUAGUAAAGCAGACCGGGGCUUUCCUGGAGCCCUUCACAGUCGCCUACAGGAUUUAAAACCUUCUACCCAUCAUUGCGAUUUCUCUCAUCCAGCUCUCUCGGCCCCAUCGCACGAGUCAAAAUGUGAGCCAAAACUAACUUAAUGCUGAUACUAUUAUUCCUUGUCAUGAAUGCCUUUCUUUAUCUCUUUUAAUCCAAAAAUCUCAAUUUUGUCAAUUACAAAACAAACAAAUAGAAAAACAGCUGUUGGCUUAACAAGUAGUACAUUUAUAUAAAUAUGCAUCGCAUGCUUUUCUGUCCGCAUAAACAUCUAAUUUCCUAUGAGCAUCAUCAGUGUAGCUGUUACUGAUAAGUUAUAUUAAAAUCAAUGCUGCCUAGUUUUCAGGAUUUCUUGUGGAGUGCAAUACUUUUUAUUCAAAAUGUGACUUAAUCCAAAUCAUUUAAUGGUAUUUACAACUUAGAUCAGCCUCAUUUCAUGCUGAUUUUAUGACUGUUUGGCUCAAAUAUCAUUGAUCAGAAAAUCAGUGCUGAGGAGCUGCUUGUGUCUGCCCAAAACUUGAAAAGUAACAUCAGAACGCCGGCUCCGGCAAGUCAGAAAACUUUCAAAAAGGGAUCAUAAAAAGGGAUGGACCUCAAAAGCAUACUUUGUGUGGUAUUGAUUGGCCCGUGUUACCAACUCUUGUGUUUUGUUUUGUUUUUCUGUGGUCUGUUGUUGUCUCUGGAAUAUUUCCAUCAGAUAAUGUCAUCCCUUGAUUUCGCAUCCGUUUUUUCCUUCUUAUCACUUAAUGCUUUUUGAAGUUUGUGGUGCCAAAGCUGUUUUUAAAAACCACAGAUAAUAAACCUUUUUCAUUACUUGUGUUUUAUUACAUGAAGUGCUCGUCAAAUGGAAGUUUGAUGAUUGUAACAAACUUGUUUUCCCACAUUUGGAAACAGGAGGCAUGUCGGUUACAAUGUGCUACGAGUUUUACAUUAAAAUAAAAUAUCAAAAAUCUUAGGCUGGCCCUGGGAAUGUGAUCAGUGAUCUUGAUUAUGUAUCAUUUGCAGUGUAGAUAUAUGCCAUGAGAUUGCACACAAACUAAUGACUAUACUCUUAUUGAAGACAAUAUAUCUGCUCAGCAUUUACAGUAAAACUUAUCAGCGUAGCACCAUAUUUAGCUUUUUCUUAUGUUUCAUACUGGUUGGGUUGAAAUGCCUGAAACACUUGUUUGCAGUGUAAUUCCAAAUGUGUAAAAAGGGAAUUGUCACUUGUUUGCUAAUAAAAUGGACAAAAAUGCCUUUUCCUCUUGGGGGUGAGAGGCAGAAUGGAUGAAUGAGUGUGUACGUUCUCAGUGGUGUUUCUGCUCCUCUGGGAUAUCAGUGACAGUGUUGUUCAUUCGGCAGCCAGCUGCUUGGCUAAAUAUACAAAUAUGACACUUGAGAUGUGACUUUGACUGGCAGAAGCCUUUUUGAAGAGUAGAACAUCUAUUUGACAGCCUUCUAACUCUCCUGCUCAGACCCCUGUAGAGAGCAGGCCACUUUUAUUACAAAAGCUGCGGCGGGUGGUUGUCAAAUUUGAAAUAUAUUGGACCUGUAACAGCUUAGAAGAUAUUUGUCUUCCUGGUAAAAAUGUUAGACAGAAUUUGGCUGGGUAAGAGUAAAAUCUUGGCAAGAUGGGCCAAAAGAAUGAAGGCUGUAAUCUGAGGUUGAAAUUAAUUUGAUCUAUGGAAUAACAAAAGUUCCAGUUCAAGAACACACACGUGUGUUUGGUACAUGUUUUACACCAUGGUGUUGCUUUUUAUGCUGUUUUUUUCCCCCUUCAUAAAUACUUAGGUAAUUAAGUAGUACAUAAGAGAAAUCCAGCUGGAUGUUCAAGUCAGCCAGAGCCAUUCUUCUCACAGUUCACAGUACAUGGAGGAGGAGUUGAUUGAUCAUGGCCCUGUUUUUGUUCAUGCUGAGAAGAAUCUCAGUUCAUUUCUGGAUCUCAACAUUAUGCGGAGGAGCAAUUCAUGUUUAGCUUUCAAACAAAAAACAGCCGACAUUUAAAAAAAAAAUUACAUCUAAAGUUACAUGAUGUUCUUCAAAAUGGCUGCAGAUAAAGUCCACCUGGGCUAACUUCACUGGCUUACUGUUAAAGAGGAAAAUGUUAUACCAAUCAAGAAGGAGAUUUUGGUAAAAUUCUCAAAUGAUGAUUCUUGUUAACAUUGUAUAAAACCAGACACAAAACAUAUUUUCUGUAGGACAGCAUUAUCUUUUAUAUUGGGGUGGCAUUUUUGUGCAAAUAUCUACUAAAAUAACACUAACUACCAGACAAUAAGACUAAAUGUGGCCUGUCUUAACCUCUGCAAAACUUGUAUGUGUUCCCCAACUAUGGCAUGGAUGUGCUUUUUAUGCCAAAGAAGAGUUUAACAUACUGAGAGUGUCAUUUGUGGUACAAAAUCAUGUUGUUGAUGUUGUGAUGAUUAGGCUUUUUCCAGAAAAUAGUUAACAUUGAAGAAGGGGGCAAAAAAGUAACAGUGCACACACCAACAAACAUGGUAGGGACAUGCUAAUAGCUGUGUUUCCGUUUGUGAUAAUGCAUGCUACUACUCCACAAUCUUUCAUCUUCUUAAAUAGUUUGAUUCCUAUGUUGUUUUUGUUUUUUUCACAGGUGUGCAGAAUAAAAAGUCUCUCCCCUAGGAAAGGACCUGUCUCUAAAAGGUGUGC